AUGACUGAUAUCCUAGAACGCUUAGCUGAUAGACCAGGUCCUGGACCAUUUAACCAACCUGGGGGACAGGAAAGAGGGGAGGAUAGAGCCUUAGAGAGGUUCUUAAAGUUCAACCCGCCUAAGUUUCUUGGUGAACCCGAUCCUGAAAUAGCGGAGAAUUGGUUAGAGAGGAUGACCAACAUAUUCGUUGCUCUAGACUAUUCUGAGGAUAGGAGAGUGAAUUUCGCUGCUUUCCAAUUUGAGGGAAAGAGGAUUAGACGGUUUGUACAGGGACUUAAUGUGGAAAUUCAGGAGGGCUUGGUCGCAGCCCAAAUUUCUACCUUUACAGAGGCUUUAGAGAAGGCACAAAGGGUUGAGUGUGCAAGACUGCAAGUGAGGGACUUUCACAAUAGAAAGAGGAAUUUCUCUAGCUCUGCGUCUGGGCAGGCUAGUAAGAGUGCACAACCUUCCAAAAUGGGAAGAGGAAUGGGAGGAAUAAGGGCAAUUGGAGCUUCUAGGGGAGCUUUAUCCAGAGGAGGUCGCAGUGGACCGGCUCAGGCUAGAGGAGCGUCUUCCACUGGUUCGGUUGUGACUCCUCAAGUUACUUGUGGAUACUGUGGUAAAUCCAACCACUCUGAAAAUGACUGCUGGAGGAAGUUGGGAAAAUAUUUGUUUUGUGGUAGUGCUGGACAUCAAGUCACCAACUGUCCGAAAUCACCAAAAAUAGGAGGUAAUCCUCAGAGACCAAAAAAGUCAACCUCUAAGCAGACCAGUGCCGGAGGAAGUCGAUCGAAAGUACUGACUAGGGUGUAUGCACUGGAUUAUCAACAAAUCCCUGAAGCGACUGAAGUGGUUGAAGGUACAAUUCCAAUCUUUCAUCGUUUAGCUAGAGUUUUAAUUGAUUCGGGUGCAACACAUUCUUUUGUAAACCCUAAUUUUAUGAGUGGAAUAGAUUUGAAGUCAAUUAAAUUACCGUAUGAUCUGGAGGUUAAGACACCUACUGGGGAUCAAAAUUUAACUGCUAACCUGGUGUAUAGAGACUGUGGAGUCUGUGUUGGGGAGCGAAAAUUAUUGGCCGACCUGAUAAGUUUAGCCAUUAAGGGAUAUGAUGUGAUUUUAGGAAUGGAUUGGCUAGCUCGUUAUAAUGCCCAGUUGAACUGCCGAACAAAGAUUGUAGAAUUGUGCAUUCCAGGGGAGACAACCCUGAAGUUGGAUGUAAGGGUUAAAUUGGCUUCGUCUGCACUUAUCUCCGAGAUUCGGGCUAGAAAUUUAUUAAGCAAAGGAGUUCAAGGGUAUUUGGCUUUUCUUAUUAACACCCCUAGUGAUAAGGUGAGUUUGGAAGACGUGCCUGUAGUGGAAGACUUUCCAGAUAUUUUUCCUGAAGAGUUAGAGUCUUUAUCCCCCGAACUGGAAAUAGCUUUUAAGAUUAAUGUAAUUUCGGGAUUGGCACCUAUCUCGAAAACGCCAUAUCGAAUGGCUCCAGCGGAAUUGAAGGAGUUGAAAUUGCAACUGCAGGACUUGUUGGAAAGGGGUCUCCGAUUUGUUGGGAUAAAAGUAGGUGAACGAAAGAUUUUAGACCCAACUACAAUGUCUUGGAUCGAGGAAGCUAAUGAAAAGGUAAAAUUGGUACGCCAGAGAAUUCAAACCGCACAGAGCCGUGAAAAGAGCUAUGCGGAUAAUCGGAGGAAGGAUUUGGAAUUUGCGAUUGGAGAUCUAGUUUUUCUUAAGAUUACGCCUUUGAAAACAAGUUUGAAGUCUGGAAAUGGAAAGAAACUACAACCGAGGUUUGUAGGGUCUUAUAAGAUUACCCAGCGCGUGGGGAAUGUGGCAUACAAGUUGGAUUUGCCAAUGAGUCUAUCUCGAAUUCAUAAUGUGUUCCAUGUGUCUAUGCGUAAGAAGUAUCAUCCAGACCCCUCUCCCUCUCACAUUUUGAAACCAGAAAGUAUUGAAAUUGAUGAAACUUUGACCUAUGAGGAGAAACCGGUGAAACUUCUGGAUAGGAAGGCUAUGAUUCUUCCUGCUUCCAAGGAAGAAGGAAUCUUGAUAAAGAAGCGUUAUGCAGUUUUUAAUGAUGAUGGGACCCUGGCAGAGCUGAAAGGUUUUGAGAUUAAACGGCGUGGAGAGCUAAAGCUCAUCAAAGUUUUCCAGGUAAUUUCCUCAUUUAUUCCCCCCCCCGGCAUCUAG